GGGACGAAAGGAGACGAUGUUUUUUCCCGACACCCGAACGCCCUGACCCCCUCCCUUUUUCAAAAUGGCCGCUGCAUCUGCACUCUUCAGUGCCGCUCCAAUUGGAGAUUGACUCCGAUCUCCCUUCUUUCUCAGUCUCUCACUCCACUGUCGCUUGAGGCCAAGACUUUGUAAACAAAUCCGAUUUUGCAUUUAUUCACCCCUGCAUCGAUUUCUGCUUCGGCCUCCAUCAAGCAUCGCGUGGGGCCUUUUUUUUUUUUUAACCCCCAAAACAGCCAGCUUCCCAACACUCCUGAUCCAUCACCCGUCUCCAAUGGUUUGAAACACUUUUCCGCUUUCUAUUUUGUUUUUAAUGAACAAUGUGUGAGAACUGCGCCGAGCUGGUGGAUGUUUUAAAUGAAAUUUCGGAUGCAGACAGCACUGAUGGCUUACAACUGAAGAAGGAGCAUGCCCUCAGAGUAUUCAGCUACAUCAGUUCAUGGACCCAGAGGCAAUGUCUUUGUUGCUUUAAGGAGUACAAGCACCUGGAGGUGUUCAACCAGCUGGUGUAUGCCCUCAUCAACCUGGUGAUCAACCAGGUGCAGGCUCUGCGGGACCAGCUGUGUAAGGGGAGGGGCAGUGCUGCUGGAGCAGAGUCUGAGUGGGUAUCAGCACGCUUACCGCCAGGCGAUGAUGAACCCGUCAAUGUGGAGCGGGACUCUGCUGAGGAGGAUGGUGGCAGUGGUGAGGGUGGAAGCCAGGUGUCAGAAACUGGUCCAAACCAGGGCGUCCAGGGCAAGCAGGAAAAUCCCCACUCCAGGGAAGGUAAUAACGAAGAUGGCCCUGACCUGCUUGCCUCCUGGAGUACUGAGGACCGAGAGAAACUACUUCUCUGUGCUGCCAAGAUAUUCCAGAUUCAGUUCCCGCUGUACACAGCCUACAAACACAACACCCACCCAACCAUAGAGGACAUCUCAGCUCAAGAAAGCAAUAUACUAGGAUCGUUCUGUGAUAUGAAUGAUGUAGAAGUACCUUUGCACUUGCUUCGUUAUGUUUGCCUCUUCUGCGGAAAACAUGGCCUUUCUCUCAUGAAGGAUUGCUUUGAGUAUGGGACACCAGAGACUCUGCCUUUCCCCAUAGCACAUGCAUUCAUCACCAUUGUCUCCAAUAUCAGAAUAUGGUUGCACAUUCCCGCAGUUAUGCAGCACAUUAUACCUUUCCGGACAUUUGUCAUAAGGUAUUUGUGCAAGCUGUCAGACCAGGAGCUUCGACAGAGCGCAGCAAGGAACAUGGCCGACUUGAUGUGGAGCACAGUAAAAGAGCCACUUGAUAGCGCUCUGUGCUUUGACAAGGAAAGCCUUGACCUGGCCUUCAAGUACUUCAUGUCUCCAACACUAACAAUGAGGCUGGCCGGCCUCAGUCAGAUCACGAAUCAGCUUCACACCUUUAAUGAUGUUUGUAAUAAUGAGUCCUUGGUAUCUGACACUGAAACGUCAAUCGCAAAGGAACUGGCAGACUGGCUGAUUAACAACAGUGUGGUGGAGCACAUCUUUGGACCAAAUUUGCACAUUGAGAUUAUCAAACAGUGCCAAGUUAUCUUGAACUUUCUGGCUGCAGAAGGCCGGCUGAGUACCCAGCAUGUGGACUGCAUCUGGGCAGCAGCACAGCUGAAGCACUGCAGUCGGUACAUCCAUGAUCUGUUUCCUUCUCUCAUCAAGAACCUGGACCCAGUACCCCUGCGCCAUGUGCAGAACCUGGUCUCAGGCCUACAUCCCAGCGCUCACACAGAGCAGACACUGUACCUGGCUUCCAUGCUGACCAAAGCGCUGUGGAAUAAUGCACUUGCAGCCAAGGCUCAACUGUCCAAGCAGAGCUCCUUUGCCUCCCUGCUCAACACCAACAUCCCCAUGGGCAAGAAGAAAGGCUCCCCUGCUGCCAGUCCAGAGAGCAGUGACAAUAGUGACACCCACCACAGCGGAGGGAGUGAUAUUGAGAUGGAUGAACAAAUUAUGAACAGCAGCAAGCAUGGGCAACAGAGGCUGUCUGACACAGAGGAGUCAAUGCAGGGUAGCUCUGAUGAAACUGCUAACAGUGGGGAAGAGGGCAGUAGCGGCCCUGGAAGCAGCAGUGGGCGGAGCGAGGGCUCCAGCAAUGAGGCUGGCUCUAGUAGAGCCAGCCAAUCAGCUGGCAGUCCAGGCAGUGAACUGCACUCAGAUGACAUGGCUGACAGUGAGGUCCUGAAAGAGGAGGAGGAGGAAGAUGAGGAAGAGGAGGAGGAUGAUGAUGAAGAUGAGGAGGAGGAUGAGGAGGAUGAUGAAGAUGAGGAGGAGGAAAGAGAAACGGCAACAGCUGAGGGGAGUCCUCGGAAUGAGCAUCGUGAUAUAGCUGAGAGAAAGAGGAAGGCCGGUGAUUCUCAGCAGCAGUCAGGGAUGUGUCUCGGAGAAAGGGAUGGAUCUGUAGACCAUUCCAGCGGUGGUACAACUGGACCCAAUGUCAAAGGAAUGCCUUUCAGUCCAGAGACUCCAGCAAUGGCGGCAGCAUCAGCAUCAUCCUCAGCUGACAACCACAUGAGGAUGCUGGAUGCCUGCUCGUCCUCUAGCCACCCAGAGGGUGCGGACCGAGACCUUCCAGCAGAGAUUAGUUCCGCCCAUAUGCACCCAGGGCCACAGGACCCUGCCUGCCUUCCCCGCUCUGGAGACUUCUUGGGUGAUACUAUGGGCAGCGAGCUCUUCAACUGUCGGCGCUUCAUUGGUCCCCAGCACCACCAUCCGCACCACCACCACCAUCAGCACCACCAUCACCACCAUCAUCAUGAGGGGCCCAUGAUGGAGGACAUGCUCAGUGCUGAUGAUGUCAGCUGUAGCAGCUCCCAGGUCAGCGCAAAGUCAGAAAAGAACAUGGCUGAUUUUGACGGUGAGGAGUCUGGUUGCGAGGAGGAGCUGGUCCAGAUCAACUCCCAUGCUGAGCUCACCUCGCACCUCCAACAGCACCUUCCCAACCUUGCCUCCAUCUACCAUGAGCAUCUGGCUCAAGGUCCAUCUGUUCACAAGCAUCAGUACUCGGGCCAUGCUGUCACUGAUAUCAACCUGGACAAUGUGUGUAAGAAGGGCAACACACUGCUGUGGGACCUGGUGCAGGAUGAGAAUGCGAUCCAUUUGUCAGAGGGCCUGAUCAGUGAGGCAGAGAAGCUGCUGUGCUCACUGGUGUGUUGGUUCACUGACCGGCAGAUCCGUAUGCGCUUUAUUGAGGGCUGCUUGGACAACCUGGCCCACCAUCGGUCUGUGGUGGUUUCCCUGCGUUUGCUUCCCAAGCUUUUUGGAACCUUCCAGCAGUUUGGAAGCAGCUAUGACACUCACUGGAUCACCAUGUGGGCAGAAAAGGAACUUCACAUGAUGAAGCUUUUUUUCGAGAACCUGAUGCACUACAUCCAGGAGGUACGGGAGCAGCGACACAAGUUUGUGCUAUAUGGACACAGCGCGGAGGUCCAGGUGCGACUACAGUUCCUCACCUGUGUCUUCUCCACUUUGGGCUCACCAGACCAUUUCAGGCUGAGUCUGGAGCAGGUGGAUAUCUUGUGGCACUGCCUGGUUGAGGACUCAGAGUGCUAUGAUGAUGCACUUCACUGGUUCCUCAACCAGGUUCGCAGCAAAGACCAGCAUGCCAUGGGCAUGGAGACCUACAAGCAUCUGUUCCUGGAGAAGAUGCCCCAGCUAAAACCAGAGACCAUCAGCAUGACAGGCCUCAACCUCUUUCAGCACUUGUGUAACCUGGCCCGUCUAGCUACCAGUGCUUAUGACAGCGGCCCCAACUGCGAGCUAUGUGGCAUGGACCAGUUGUGGGGAAUUGCCCUGCGGGCCCAGUCUGCAGACAUCAGCCGCGCAGCCAUCCAGUAUAUUAACUCCUACUACAUCAACGGUAAAACUGGUCUGGAGAAGGAACAGGAGUUCAUCAGCAAGUGCAUGGAAAGCCUGAUGAUGGCAUCAGCAAACCUGGAGAAGGACCCUCAUUCAAGUCUUACAAUCAUCGAAAGGGGACUUCUCAUGCUGAAAACUCACUUGGAGGCUUUCCGACGCAGGUUUGCCUAUCACCUGCGCCAGUGGCAGAUUGAGGGCACAGGCAUCAGUAGUCACCUGAAGGCCCUGAGUGACAAGCAGUCUCUGCCCUUGCGGAUUGUGUGCCAGCCAGCUGGCCUACCUGAUAAGAUGACAAUUGAGAUGUACCCCAGCGACCAAGUGGCAGACCUGCGGGCGGAGGUGACUCACUGGUAUGAAAACCUGCAGAAGGAGCAAAUGAACCAGCAGGCCCAGCUGCAGGAGUUUGGCCAGAGCAGCCGGCAGGGAGACUUCCCAGGAGGCCUGAUGGGACCUGUCAGAAUGAUCUCCUCUGGUCAUGAGCUGACCACAGACUAUGAUGAGAAAACUCUACAUGAGUUGGGCUUCAAAGACAUGCAGAUGGUGUUUGUGUCCCUGGGGGCACCGCGCCGAGAGCGCAAGGGUGAAGGGGUGCAGCUGCCUGCCUCCUGUCUUCCACCACCUCAAAAGGACAAUAUCCCCAUGCUGCUGCUGUUGCAGGAACCCCACCUCACAACGCUUUUCGACUUGCUUGAGAUGCUGGCCUGCUUCAAGCCCCCAAGCACUGAGCAAGCCCUGGAGAAUGCAGAGAGUGCCCGCUGUGAGGAGCUGCACCUCCAUGCGGAGAACCUCUCCCGACGUGUCUGGGAACUACUCAUGCUGCUUCCUACCUGCCCGAACAUGCUGCUGGCCUUCCAGAACAUUUCAGAGGAAAUGGGUGGUGAGGGGCUCUGCUGGAAGGACUUAUUGAGGAUUAAGAGCCCCCACAAGCUUCUGUAUGCACUGGAGAUCAUUGAGGCCUUGGGCAAGCCUAAUCGCCGUAUCCGCAGAGAAUCCACGGGGAGCUACAGUGACCUGUAUCCUGACUCUGAUGAUUCCAGUGAAGACCAGAUAGAGAACAGCAAGAACUCUUGGAGCUGCAAGUUUGUUGCAUCUGGAGGACUACAGUUGCUUUUGGAGAUCUUCAACUCUGGAAUUCUGGAACCAAAAGAACAGGAAUCUUGGACAGUGUGGUUGCUGGACUGCCUUGCCUGUCUUCUGAAGCUGAUCUGCCAGUUUGCUGUGGACCCUGCUGAUCUGGACCUGGCUUACCAUGAUGUCUUUGCCUGGUCUGGCCUGGCUGACAGCCAGCGCAAGAGGGCGUGGCCUGGCAAGUCCCGCAAGGGAACUGGGGAACAUGGCAAGGGCCUGCACAUUCCACGGCUCACAGAGGUGUUUCUAAGUCUUGUCCAAGGAAAUAACCUAAUCCAGCGAUUAAUAAAUGUUGCCUACACAUAUGAGAAUCUUGCACCAAGGGUUCUGAAGGCUCAGUGUGACCACCGCUCUCGUCAUGAAGUGAUGCACUAUUCAAUGUGGCUACUGGUGAGCUGGGCCCACUGCUGCUCCUUGGUGAAGUCCAGCCUGGCAGACAGCGAACACCUGCAUGACUGGCUCAAGAAACUCGCACUGCUUGUACCUGAGACGGCUGUGAGACAUGAGGCAUGUAAUGGUCUCUACAAGCUCUCAUUGUCGGGCCUGGAAGGGGGGGAGUCCAUCAACAGGUCUUUCCUGCUGCUGGCUGCAUCCACGCUGCUCAAGUUCCUCCCUGAUGCCCAGGCACUCAAGCCACUUUGUGUGGAGGACUAUGAAGAGGAGCCGCUGCUCAGGACGGGCUGUAAAGAGUACUUUUGGUUGCUAUGCAAGCUGAUCGACAACAUCCAUGUGAAGGAUGCCAGCCAGACAACGUUGCUAGAUCUUGAUGCUUUGGCAAGACACCUUGCAGACUGCAUUAGGAGUAGGGAGAUCCUGGACCAGCGUGACGGCACAAUUGAGGAUGAUGGGCUGACUGGACUCCUCCGUCUGGCUACCAGUGUAGUCAAACACAAACCACCAUUCAAAUUCUCCCGUGAGGGCCAGGAGUUUCUACGCGAUGUGCAUAAUCUUCUGUUCAUGCUGCCCAGCCUGAAGGACCGGCAGCAGCCCAAGUGCAAGUCACACGCUGCACGAGCUGCUGCCUAUGACUUGUUGGUGGAGAUGGUCAAGGGCUCUGUGGAGAACUAUCGGCUGCUUCACAACUGGGUCAUGUCCCAGCACAUGCAAGCUUCCCAUGCCCCAUAUAAGUGGGACUACUGGCCUCAUGAUGAUGUGCGUGCCGAGUGCCGGUUCGUUGGGCUAACCAACCUGGGUGCUACCUGCUACCUGGCCUCCACCAUCCAGCAACUCUACAUGAUCCCAGAGGCUCGGCAGGCUGUCUUCAGUGCAAAGUAUGCAGAGGACAUAAAGCACAAGACAACCUUACUUGAGCUGCAGAAAAUGUUCACAUACCUCAUGGAGAGUGAGCGGAAGGCGUAUAACCCCCGGCCAUUCUGCAAGACAUACACAAUGGAUAAGCAGCCACUCAACACAGGAGAACAGAAGGACAUGACCGAGUUCUUCACUGACCUCAUCACAAAGAUUGAGGAGAUGUCUCAGGACCUAAAAAACACAGUGAAAACACUCUUUGGAGGGGUCAUCACGAACAAUGUGGUGUCUCUGGACUGUGAGCACGUGAGUCAAACAGCUGAGGAGUUCUACACAGUCAGGUGUCAGGUGGCAGACAUGAAGAACAUCUAUGAAUCUCUAGAUGAAGUGACCAUUAAGGACACCCUUGAGGGUGACAAUAUGUACACAUGUUCUCAGUGUGGGAAGAAAGUUCGGGCAGAGAAAAGGGCAUGCUUUAAAAAGCUGCCACGCAUCCUGAGCUUUAACACCAUGCGCUACACUUUCAACAUGGUGACCAUGAUGAAGGAAAAGGUCAACACUCACUUCUCCUUCCCACUGCGCCUGGACAUGACACCGUACACAGAGGAUUUCCUGAUGGGCAAGAGUGACAGAAAGGAGGGGUUCCGGGAAGAAACUGAGUCCAGGGUAACUGAGAGCUAUGAGUAUGACCUCAUCGGGGUCACCGUGCACACAGGCACAGCAGAUGGAGGCCAUUACUACAGCUUCAUACGGGAUAUUGUCAACCCACAUGCGUACAAGACUAACAAGUGGUACCUCUUUAACGAUGCUGAGGUGAAGCCAUUUGACUCCGCACAGCUGGCAUCUGAGUGCUUCGGGGGCGAGAUGACGACAAAGACUUAUGACUCUGUCACAGACAAAUUCAUGGACUUCUCCUUUGAAAAGACCCACAGUGCCUAUAUGUUGUUCUACAAGAGAGUUGAACCUGAAGAAGAGAAUGGGAAGGACUUCAAAUUUGAAGUUUCUCCUGAUCUGCUGGAGUGGAUUUGGCAUGACAACAUGCAGUUUCUCCAGGACAAGAACAUUUUUGAGCAUACCUACUUUGGUUUCAUGUGGCAAUUGUGCAGCAGUAUUCCCAGCACCUUGCCUGAUCCCAAAGCCAUCUCCCUCAUGACAGCCAAGCUUAGUACGUCUUUUGUCCUGGAGACAUUUAUUCAUUCAAAGGAAAAGCCUACAAUGCUGCAAUGGAUUGAGCUCCUCACCAAGCAGUUCAACAACAGCCAAGCAGCCUGUGAGUGGUUCCUGGACCGCAUGGCAGAUGACAACUGGUGGCCCAUGCAGAUCCUCAUCAAGUGCCCCAAUCAAAUAGUGCGGCAGAUGUUCCAGCGACUGUGUAUCCAUGUGAUCCAGCGGCUGCGGCCUGUGCACGCUCACUUGUACCUGCAGCCCGGCAUGGAGGACGGAUCUGAUGACAUGGAUGGCCCUGUGGAGGACAUUGGUAGUCGAUCGUGCGUGACACGAUUUGUCAAGACGUUGCUGUCUAUCAUGGAGCAUGGAGUCAAGCCCCACAGCAAGCACUUGACAGAGUACUUCGCCUUCCUUUAUGAGUUUGCCAAGAUGGGCGAGGAAGAGAGUCAGUUCCUGCUGUCUUUACAAGCCAUUUCCAUUAUGGUGCAUUUUUACAUGGGAACCAAGGGGCCUGAGAAUCCACAGGUAGAGGUGCUGUCUGAGGAGGAAGGCGAGGAAGAGGAUGAUGAGGAGGAUAUCCUCUCCUUGGCAGAGGAGAAGUACCGGCCAGCUGCUUUAGAGAAGAUGGUUGCCCUGAUUGCACUACUGGUGGAGCAGUCUAGAUCAGAGAGGCAUCUGACCCUCUCUCAGAAUGACAUGGCAGCAUUGACAGGGGGCAAGGGUUUCCCCUUCCUCUUUCAGCACAUACGAGAUGGUAUCAAUAUUCGCCAGACCUGCAACCUUAUCUUCAGCCUCUGCCGCUAUAACAACCGGCUGGCAGAACAUAUUGUUUCCAUGCUUUUCACGUCAAUCGCAAAACUCACUCCUGAGGCUGCAAACCCAUUCUUCAAGCUGCUCACCAUGCUCAUGGAGUUUGCUGGUGGGCCCCCUGGCAUGCCUUCCUUUGCCUCUUAUAUUCUACAGAGGAUCUGGGAGGUGAUAGAGUACAACCCCUCUCAGUGUCUGGACUGGUUGGCUGUGCAGACACCACGUAACAAGUUGGCCCACAGCUGGGUCUUGCAGAACAUGGAGAACUGGGUGGAGCGGUUCCUGCUUGCCCACAACUACCCCCGUGUGCGCACAUCUGCAGCCUACCUCCUGGUUUCCCUCAUUCCCAGCAACUCCUUCCGGCAAAUGUUCCGCUCAACGCGCUCAUUGCACAUCCCCACCCGGGACCUGCCUUUGAGCCCUGACACCACUGUGGUGCUGCACCAGGUCUACAACCUGCUGCUGGGUUUGUUGAGCCGGGCCAAGCUCUACGUGGACGCUGCUGUGCAUGGCACUACCAAGCUGGUGCAGUACUUCAGCUUCAUGACCUACUGUCUCAUUUCCAAGACAGAGAAACUCAUGUUCUCUGGCUACUUCAUGGACCUCUGGAACCUAUUUCAGCCCAAAUUGUCAGAGCCAGCCAUUGCUACAAACCACAACAAGCAGGCUCUGCUGUCUUUCUGGUAUAAUGUUUGCGUUGACUGCCCAGAGAAUGUUCGUCUGGUGGUGCAGAGCCCAGUUGUCACUAAGAACAUUGCCUUCAAUUACAUACUGGCUGAUCACGAUGACCAGGAGGUGGUGCUUUUUAACCGUGGAAUGCUCCCUGCCUACUAUGGCAUCCUACGCAUGUGCUGUGAACAGUCCCCUGCCUUCACACGACAACUAGCCUCUCACCAGAACAUCCAGUGGGCGUUUAAGAAUCUCACGCCCCAUGCCAGCCAGUAUCCUGGGGCAGUGGAAGAGCUCUUCAACCUGAUGCAGCUGUUUGUGGCCCAGCGACCUGAUAUGAGGGAGGAGGAGUUGGAGGACAUAAAGCAGUUCAAGAAGACCACCAUCAGCUGCUACCUGCGUUGCUUGGAUGGCCGUUCCUGCUGGACUACCCUCAUCAGUGCCUUCAGGAUCUUGCUGGAGAAUGAUGAAGACCGGCUGCUAGUAGUUUUUAACCGGGGACUCAUCUUGAUGACGGAGUCCUUCAACACCUUGCACAUGAUGUACCAUGAGGCAACUGCCUGCCACGUGACCGGGGACCUGGUCGAGUUGCUAUCCAUCUUUCUUUCUGUCCUCAAGGCCACGCGGCCUUACUUGCAGCGCAAAGAUGUGAAACAGGCUUUGAUACAGUGGCAGGAAAGGAUAGACUUUGCCCACAAACUCCUCACACUGCUGAACUCCUACAGCCCUCCAGAGCUGCGCAAUGCCUGCUUGGAUGUGUUGAAGGAGCUGGUUCUCCUCAGCCCCCAUGAUUUCCUGCACACCCUGGUGCCCUUCCUGCAGCACAAUCACUGUACCUACCACCACAGCAACAUCCCCAUGUCCUUCGGCCCCUACUUGCCUUGUAGGGAGAACAUCAAGCUGAUGGGUGGGAAGAAUAACAUUCGUCCCCCCAGGCCUGAGCUCAAUAUGUGUCUCCUUCCAUCGAUGGUCGAGACCAGUAAGGGGAAGGAUGAAGUCUAUGACCGCAUGUUGCUGGACUACUUUCUUUCCUAUCAUCAGUUCAUCCACCUGCUGUGUCGAGUGGCCAUCAACUGCGAAAAGUUCACUGAAACCCUUGUCAAACUAAGUGUCUUGAUCGCUUAUGAAGGAUUACCUCUGCAUCUGGCUCUCUUCCCCAAGCUGUGGACAGAGCUUGCACAGUCUCAGUCACCCAUGGCCAAAACUUGCGUGAAGCUGCUAUGUGAGGACCCAGCAUUUGGAGAGUACAUCAAGUGCAUCUUGAUGGACGAGAGGACCUUUCUCAACAAUAACCUGGCUUAUUCUUUCCUCACCUGCUUCUUGCACAAGGUGCAGAGUCAGGUGCUGCCUGGCCCCAGUUGUGCCAACCUGAUCAACAUGCUGGUCACAAACCUGGUCAACGAGUAUCACAGCCUGGAGCCUCAGUUGGCCAGUCAGCGCAUGGAAAUCUGCAAGGCGAGCACCGUUCUCAAUUCGGACCUGCGAGCCCUUGUGCUGAUGCUGUCGGUGCACACACCCCAGCAUCUGGACCCUGCUCUGGGCCCCACUCUCCAGGACCUUCUGGUCAAGUGUCGCACCUGUCUACAGCACCACAGCACCCUGGAGACAGAGGCCAAAGAUCGCAAAACCAGAGCAGAGGAAGAGGGUGCAACCCCUGUGAAGCGCCGACGGGUGAGCAGUGAAGAGGAGAGGCCCAUGGAGAGCAGUAGCAGUGGUGGAGGGUGCCCCACCUCCUCGUCCUCUUCAUCCUCCAUCUCAUCGUCCUGCAUGGAGAUGAAGCCUGAGCCACGGGAGGCAUUGACGCCUGCCAGCACCUCCGAUACAGAAACACGGGACUCAUCUGUCAUCGAUCCGGGCACUGAACAGGACCCUCACACCCCGGGGAGCAUUUCCCCCAAGGAGGAAAAGAUGGAGGCUUCAUCAUCGUCAUCUUCCCUCCCGGAGGAGGUUUUGCCAUCUGGGCAGCAGGAGAACCCCGUAGCAGGAGGAAGCAAGCCCAACGAUGGUGCAGCUGAGAAGGACGGCACAGAGGAAAAGGAGGAGGAGCAGGAGUCUGGCUCCAAGAUGUUUGGGCCUGCUGUUGCUGGCCCCACAGAGGAGGACCCGGCAACCCCUUCCACCUCAGUGCUGGCAGGGCUCCAGGAGGCUGGGGAGGGCCAGGGUUUUCCCCUGUCAGAGGUGGACAGUGGCAGCCUGGCACCUGGUUGCAGCCACACUGCUUCACAUGGCUUCUUGAACUUGGUGCAGCAGCAGGACAUGCUGGACAUGCUUUGCAGGACAGUGGAGUCCACCAUUAGUGUGGUCAGCAAACUGCCCGGCAAAGGUACCCGCAAUGCAUCCUCCUGACAAGAUUCUUAGCACGCUGGGCUUUUAAAACCUUUAUUAUUGUUGUUAUUCUGUUUAUUAUGCAGUGUUUUUUUCUUUCCUUAUGCUUUCCUCUUUCCUUUUUAUUUGAACCAACUACUUCUGGCUGACCUGAUCAUUUGCUCUGUGCUCCAGUUUGUCACGUGGUCUUUUCUUCAGCUUGAAUGGCAAUAGUCGUAACAAUAUGCUUGAAGCAUCUGAGGACAGAAACGUGCUCCACCUCAGAUCUAUUUAACAAAAGUAAAAAGAAAAUUGCAGCUAUAGCAGAUUUUCUUAAAGGGCAGAACUUUUUUAAUUUUGACUUUCAGUUAUUUGAAGUGAUUUAUUCGUUUGAGGUUGCUGUAAUGGGGGAAGGUUUACAGAAUUUUAGUCUUCUCUCUUCUGUAUGUAAUUUAAUAUUAUUGCAUUUUUACUGUGUAUAAAAUGUUGUCUCCUGUGCCAGUUUUGUACUUUAUUAAAGAGGCGAGUCGCCUCACAUUUCUGUGGUUACAUUCAAACUGAGUUUACUUGUACAUUAAAAGAACCACAAGAAACUUGAUUCUAUUAAGAAUCCUCUAGUUGUGGCCUGGCAGUGUAUAUGAAUAUAUAUGGUGCUUUAUUUGACAGGAUACCUGUGGAUGAAAUAAAGCACACUUGGUGUAACAGUUGGAGCUUUAUUUUAUUUACCAAAAUACAUUCCAUACUAUAUUGUCAUCUUUGCAUUUUUCUGAUGUUUAAUUUUUAUUUAGGGUAACUUAAUAAAAGUUUAAUAUUAAUACUUAAACCCAAAACCCAGCAGUCCCC